CGGAAAAUCUUGAUGUUGCCCUGCAACGAAGGGAACAAUGGAAAUCCGAUGUAAAAAAAGCAAAAAAAGAAAACUUUGAGAACAAAAUUGACGAGACCAAUCACAACUCAAACACCACUGAAGCUUGGCGCUUUGUUAAAUGUCUGAAGGGGGUAAAUGAGUCAUCUUCCGAUUAUAGUUGGAACGAUGAUAAAAAUAGGGACUAUUUAGCCUUUUUAAAAAGUCAAGUCCCCUCUGAUGUUGGCUCCUGGCGUGGACUCAGUGGGGCGUGCGCACCUUCAAGCCUUCGCUUCACGUAUGAGGAGAUGGUGGCUGUCCUCGACCGGAGGAAAAAGAGAUCAGCGGGUGGCUGUGACGGCGUCACAUAUGAAAUGUUAAAAGCCUUGACCGACAAAAACUUAUGCACCGUGCUCACUGCCAUGAAUGACUCCUUUCUUUCCAAGGAAAUAAAAGAGUCAUGGAGGGUGAUCAAGAUUGUACCGAUACCAAAGAAAAACAAAGAUAUGUCCGACUACAGAAACUUCAGACCGAUCUCGCUUAUUUCGGUGUUCAUCAAAACAAUCAACAAACCUCAUACAAUUUAGUGAGCGCGUAAAUAAGGUCCAACAAAUGUACAAUGAACUACAGAAUUUUACAGGCAAAGAAAAACCAGAUUUACAUUUGUUAUUUGUGAAGUAUGGUAUCCUAAAAGGUGAAUCAUUAAUUCCACAAUGUAGGACUGCCCUUCCAGUUGAAGAAAUUUUCGUUGCCGAUUUAGCGAGUCUAGACGUGGGUGAUGUCCAAAGUAUUAAUGUAAAACCUGAUAAAGUAUCGACUCAACUCCAGGGAGAGUCGGUAUUACAAAACGAAGACAAGAAAGAUGGGUUUCAUGAUCCGAUCGCUGAUGAUGAGGGAAACUUCUACCAAAAUCCUUAUAAUUCGUCGGAAGAAGAAGGCAGUAGUGGCAGUGAAAAUAAAUGUAAUAAUAAAGAUGCUUCAGAAUUCGAAAACCGAGUGAUCCGAAAUAAUAAGAGUAGAAAAAUAUCAAAAAAGUGCCCUGAGAUCUCUGAAAUUGUCGGAAUGAUAAAUAACCACUCUUGCAGGAUUUGCUCACAGAGAUUUCAACGUCGAAGUACCUACUCUACGCACUUGAAGAAGAAACAUGGAGUAAUCAUUUGCUCCCAAUGUCCUAGUUCUUUCAAAAGUGAAUCGAAUCUGAAACGUCAUAUGAAUGAUCACCAAAAGUUUUUCAGUUGUAUACAUUGCGAUGAAAAAUUCGAAAAAAAGGGAUCUAUUAGCAACCAUAUAAGGAAUGAACAUAAGUCUUAUCAGCCAUUUGUCUGUGAAGCAUGUGGUGAAGCAUUACGUACAAAGAAGCAACUGAAGCAGCAUAUGUUAAUUCACUCAGAUUAUACGCCCUAUAAAUGUAAAGAAUGUGAGAAGAGCUUCAAAGAGAAAUACCGACUGAAGAGACAUUUGGAAAUACAUGGAGACAAACACAUUUGCACAGAAUGUGGGAAACAAUUAAGUUGCCGGGCUACAUUAAAUAUGCAUAUGCUAGUGCAUUCCGAUAAAAUGCCCCACAAAUGUGUUUAUUGUGGACGAACAUUUAAGCGUGCCAAAACUCUUAAAUAUCACAUAAUUGCCCAUACUGGUCUUAGACCAUAUUCAUGCAACUUUUGUGAAAAAACAUUCUCCACCGGUUCAAGUUGUCGUUUUCACAAAAAGACCAUGCAUCCAUCGGAAUUAGCUGCAUUGGAGGCUUCAGGAGCAAAGACAUAUACGAAAAAUGUACCGAACUUGGAUGUACUGAGAGCGGUAGCGCGAAAGGGGGAAAAUUUUAUGCCUCUGGCAUCCAACCAAAAGGGUUACGUAAAUUUAAAAUAUACAAGCGAAAUCCAAUCAGACGAAGUAAGACCCACUGACGCUGUGAUAAUGGAUAAAUAGUAAACUAAAUAUUAAGAAAAAACUUAUAUAAGAAAACAAUGAAGUAUAAAUAUCUAAAUGAAUAUUACAGAACUUCAAUUUUUAUUUA